AUGAGCAACCUGAAACCGAAAGACCGUCAUCUCAAUAUUGCAGAUGAAUUCACAAAAGGUGACAUAAGGUCCAAACCUGAUGCUUUGCACAGACGCAGUCUAGAGAGGCGUCACUUCAAACAUCCUCUCGUCUCCAUCGUUCCACUCAUCUCGAACCAUCUGCCUUUCCAUCACUCCGACGAACUCUGUCUUUCGGAUCCGCCUCCUGUAGAUACUGUCAGUGUCUAUGCAAACCACUUGGCCACAACCCACUUUGCUUGUGUCGAAUCUCUUGAGGUGAACCACGGCAUGAGUUCCAGUUUAAAACAACUUGGAGAAGAUGGCUCCGCGCAAACCUCACCCUCCCAGGAUGCUCCAAUCUUUGCCAUCCACUCUUCUUCUUAUACUCGGACAAAAACACCUCAUGAGGUCAAACUGCCCUUGUCACCAUCUACCUCUUCUGCCUCAAAGAAACGAAAUUCGGAUGACUGCUUAAGCCCCAAAUCCAAGGUCAGUGGGUGUAGCAAACAGAACACUGCCACUAAUAGUAUCAUCGGUGAAGGUACGGAUGGGAUUGUCGCAGGAUCUGCCACAUGCCUACUGGCUAGUCGACGGAACUCGAAACCUACUGUCUGUACUGCGGAUCCUGCUGUCUUAUUGAAAGCAAAAGGUGUUGCAGACGAGGCAAUUAAAGUAAGAAUUUAA